UACAAAACUUCCCCCAUCCCAAUCUAUCUCCGAGAGCAGCUUCAGACUUGUAUUUCAGCCAGCACAGGAUAUAAACAGCAAAGCCCAACACUCAUAGGAAGAAAAGGCUUGGAGGCCGAAGAGGGACUGUGAAAACCAGUGUAACGUGCAGUGGAUAUUUCGUAGUUCGUAAAGAAUAUAUAUUGCAGAAUCGGUAUGUUGGAUUCAGACGGAGAUACUGUUCAAAGUUAUGAUUAUCAAGGGACAGUUGUAGACGAUGAAGUGGGUUUUUAUAGCCAGUCAUUAUUUCCUGGUGUCAUGUACCCAUACACCACCUUUAAGCUGCAGUUCCCCGAAAUAACCCACGAGGCAGCCGAAAGGAAUGCAGAGGAACUGCUAGCGCAGGAGAAGAAAGAGAAGGAAAAAGCAAACAAGAAACGUCUGAAAAAGAAGAAACAGAGAGAUCGCAGACGUCAACAGAAAACUGAAGCAUCAAAAGAUGAAAUAAAGAACUCUACUAAUGAUCCAACUGCAAACUCCGAUGAUGAAACGUCCGUGGCAUCUCAGGUUGGGUCAAUAGAUUUGGAGUUAACCGAGAGAGACUUUAGUGAAUCAGACAGAGAGGAGGAUCUCAAUCUGGAAAGCACAUUUGUCCAGCAGGUCCAGAAAAAAAUAAACAAGCCCAAACCAGAAAAAAAUGAACGUGCUAAUGGAAGAUUCCAAGAGAAAGCAUCCAAGAGAUGUCAAGAGGUAGUAGCAACAGACAUAGCAACAUCAAAACAGCCUGUUAUAGACAACACAAACGUGGAUCAAUCAAUCGAGAAGAGUAUUGAAUUAGCCAAUAUAGGCAAUAAUAUGGCACAAAAUAAACGCUUUCUGGAGGCUGUGAUGUAUUACACACAGGCUAUAACACUAAACCCGUCUGAAGUUAGGUUCUUGGGUAACCGCUCUUACAGCUAUGAACGUUGCGGAAAAUAUGCAGAAGCUUUGAGAGAUGCAGAAGAAGCCCUGAGCCUCCACCCAGAUUUUAUAAAGGGUCAGUUCCGGAAGGGAAAGGCCCUGAAAGGACUCCUUAAAUACGCAGAAGCCAUAGAAGCUUUUCAAAAAGUUCUGGAAUCAGAUAUUAAUCAAACUGAAGCAGCAGAAGAGAUUGUACAAUGCAAGAUGCACGCCCACACCACAAGACCGAAUGUUAUUGGCAAUCCCCUCGUUACUCCUCUUUUGCCCGCACCUGGAUUGGUCAGUGAAACCGGAAUAAAAUUGUGGCCUCAACCUUCAGCAUAUUUGAGAGCCACAACCGUCCCAAAAACAAAUACCCUCACCAACACCAACGUCUACCCUGUAUGGGUUGGUAACAUCAAAAAUACGAUCACAGAGGACGUUUUGAGAACAAAAUUUGAACCGUAUGGUACAAUCCAUUCAAUGCGUGUUCUGCACACAAAAAGAUGUGCAUUUAUAAAUUUUACUGAGAAACAAGAUGCUUUGUCGGCCUUCAGAAUGCUUCAGGGUCUGACCAUUGAUGGAACCACUUUUAUUUUGCAACUGAGACCAGGGCAGCCAACACCCUUUAUAUAGGGUAUGAAAAAAGCAGUAAUUAUGGUGCUUGAAAUAACCCUUUAAAAAACUUGAAACUUUGAAAAAACCAAACUAUAUUAACAUUCUUAAAAACCUCAGGUCACCUUGUCUAUUUUAUCUAUGUAGGGUCAUAUAGAUACAAAAUGUAUGGCUUACCAAUCAUACACACACACAAAAAAAAUGCUUCGAAGACCCCAUAUCUAUUCAAAAUCCCAUAUACGGUUGUGGUGAAAUAUACUAGAUAGAAAAUUUCACAUCUGAAAUUUUCCAAAUAACGACCAUUCUUCUCUCUCCAAAACCCAUGCAUACAAAUAUUAGAAAACAGACUGAGAUGGCUGUGACACAGGAAAAUUCAGAAAUUGAAUGGUAAUUGCUGAAUGCUUCACACUAAAAAUCAUAUUCUUUUUAUUGGGUCACUACAAAUAUAUAAACAGCAACAGGUU